GCUAAACCGUGGCGAUUGCAGGCGCCGGGCGUCCGAGGGGCUCGUGCUUUCUCUCUCCACGCGAUGGCGGCGGCGAUGGCCCUCUCGGCAGUGCGGCUGCUCCUAGGCGCUGUGUGGCUCUCACUUCUGGGCGCCGGGACGGUCGCCGCGUCCAAGGCGGUGACGGCCCACUUGGCCGCUAAGUGGCCCGAGACCCCGUGGCUGCUGGAGGCGAGUGAAUUUAUAGCAGAAGAAAGUAAUGAGAAGUUUUGGCAGUUUUUGGAAACUGUACAAGAAUUAGCAAUUUAUAAGCAAACAGAAUCAGAUUACUCUUAUUACAAUUUAAUCCUUAAGAAAGCUGGACAAUUCCUUGACAAUUUGCACAUCAAUCUCUUGAAGUUUGCUUUCUCUAUAAGGGCAUACUCUCCAACUAUUCAGAUGUUUCAACAGAUUGCAGCUGAAGAGCCACCACCAGAUGGCUGCAGUGCCUUUGUGGUCGUCCAUAAGGAGCACACCUGUAAGCCGAGUGAGAUUCAAAAGCUUCUGAGGAAGGCUGCUUCAAGGCCUAAACCGUACCUGUUUCAAAGUGAUCAUAAAUUCCCUACAAAAAAAGAGAAGUUACCAGUGGUUAUUCUUUAUGCAGAAAUAGGUACCAGUGCCUUUGUUAAAUUUCACAAACUACUGUCUGGAAAAGCUCACACUGGGGAAAUCCUUUAUGUCCUUCGCCAUUAUAUUCAGAGACCGAGCUCAUGGAAGAUGUACUUAUCUGGCUAUGGUGUGGAGCUAGCAAUCAAGAGUACAGAAUACAAAGCUCUGGAUGAUACCCAAAUUAAAACUGCAAAUGAUACUGUUGUAGAAGAUGAAAACGAAGCAAGUGAAGUUCAAGGAUUUCUCUUUGGGAAACUAAAAGAAAUACAUUCAGAUCUUAGAGAUAAUCUGACGGCGUUCCAAAAAUACCUGAUUGAGAGUAACAAAGAAAUGGUGCCUUUAAAAGUCUGGGAACUACAAGAUCUUAGUUUUCAAGCAGCUUCUCAAAUAGUGUCCGCUCCAGCUUAUGAUGCCUUAAAGUUAAUGAAAGACAUUUCACAGAACUACCCCUUAAGAGCAAGAUCACUGACCAGAGUUGCUGUAAAUCAACAAAUGAGAAAGGAAAUACAGGAAAAUCAAAAGGAUCUUCAAGAUAGAUUUGAUAUUCAACCAGGUGAUACUCGUCUGUAUAUAAAUGGACUUCGUGUUGAUACUGAUGGAUAUGACCCUUUUAGUAUUUUGGAUAUGCUGAAAUUAGAAGGAAAAAUGAUGAAUGGCCUUCAAAACCUUGGGAUCAAUGGAGAAGAUAUAAGCAAGUUUUUAAAAUUGAAUUCACAUACUUGGGAAUACAACUAUGCCUUAGACAUUCGGCAUUCUUCUAUCAAGUGGAUUAAUGACUUAGAGCAUGACGAUUUGUAUAUUACAUGGUCUCCAAGUUGCCGGGAGCUUCUUAAGCCAGCGUUCCCUGGAAACAUACCUUCCAUAAGGCGUAAUUUUCAUAAUUUGGUUCUGUUUAUUGAUCCUGCUGAAGAAUAUACCUUGGAUUUUAUAGAACUUGCCGAACUGUUUUAUUCUCAUAAAAUUCCUCUUAGGAUUGGUUUUGUGUUCAUUCUUAAUACAGAUGAUGAAGUUGAUGUAACAAACGAUGCUGGAGUUGCUCUUUGGCGAGCUUUCAAUUAUAUUACAAAAGAACACAGUGUAUCUCAAGCAUUUGUUCAUAUGGUUCAGAUGUAUGAAGAAGUGAGUCAAAAUAUACUCACUGUGGACAUCGUGAAGAGUGUUCUUCAAAAGAAAUUUCCUCAAGUAAAUGUCUGGGAUGUUUUGGGAAUGAAUUCUAAAUAUGAUGAAGAAAGAAAGGCAGGAGCAAACUUUUAUAAAAUGUCGGGUCUGGGUCCUUUGCCUCAAGCUCUUUAUAAUGGUGAACCCUUCAAACUUGAAGACAUGACUCUGAAGGACCUGGAGAUGGCUGUUCUUCACAGGAUGGUGGACACAUGUGUCUAUUUACAGAGAGAAGUUUUUAUGGGCACAUUAAAUGAUCGAACAAAUGUAAUUAAUUAUCUUAUGGAUAAGAAUACUGUUGUACCUCGUAUAAACAAUUUGAUUUUACACUCUAAACCACAGUACCUUAAUUUAAUACCUACAUCAGUAACUGCGGAUCUUGAAGAUUUCACGACUUUUUUUUUCUUGGAUUCACAAGAUAAGAGUGCUGUAAUUGCCAAGAACAUGUAUUAUUUAACCCCAGAAGAUGAUACAAUUUCUGCAGUCACUCUUUGGAUUAUUGCUGAUUUUGACAAGCCGUCUGGAAGAAAAUUGCUUUUUAAUGCGCUAAAGCACAUGAGAAAAAGUGUUCAUAGUCGGUUGGGGGUUAUUUAUAAUCCUACAUCAAAAAUAACUGAAGAGAAUACGGCUGUUUCAAGAGGAAUUUUGACAGCUUUUCUUACACAGAAAAACAGGAAUUUGAAAUACUUACUCAGGAAACUGACAAAGGAAGAAAUUGCUACAGCUAUUUACUUUGGAGAUAAAAUUAAAACAUUCCUUACUGAGGAAAUAGAUUUGAACACUUUUGAAAAAAAAUAUAAUACCAUUGGAGUGAAUAUUUUCCGAACUCACCAGUUGUUCUGUCAAGAUGUUCUUAAGCUGGGUCCUGGUGAAAUGGGUAUUGUCAGCAAUGGGAAGUUCUUUGGCCCUUUAGAUGAAACCUUCUAUGCGGAAGACUUUUAUUUGUUGGAAAAGAUAACAUUUAACAGUUUAGUAAUGAAUAUUAAAGAUAUCAUUAAAAAUAUGGAAAUCAGCUCAAAAAAUACCAUGAGUGACCUUGUUAUGAAAGUGGAUGUCCUUGUUUCCUCUUUGCCUGAACGUGUAUCUCGGUCUGAUGUCACAUUUCUUAAAGAGCAUCACAGCAUUGUAAAGAUAAAUCCUCAAGAAAAGAAUUUGUUCUUUGAUGUCCUUGCUAUCGUGGAUCCAUUGACAAGAGAAACACAGAAACUAUCACAGUUACUGAUUGUGCUUAACAAGAUUAUCAACAUGAAAGUCAGGUUGUUCAUGAACUGUCGGGGUAAGCUUUCAGAAGCCCCUUUAAAGAGCUUUUACCGCUUUGUUUUAGAGCCAGAACUGAUGUUAGGAGCCAAUGACCUUCACUCUCCUGGACCAGUGGCAAAAUUCCUGGAUAUCCCAGAAUCACCCCUUCUAACCCUAAACCUGAUUACUCCAGAAGGCUGGUUGGUUGAAACAGUACACAGCAACUGUGACCUUGAUAAUAUUCACUUAAAGGAUAUUGAGAGAACUGUUACAGCCGAAUAUGAACUAGAAUAUCUACUGCUCGAAGGCCAUUGUUUUGAUAUAAUGACAGAAGAACCGCCGCGGGGUCUACAGUUUACACUGGGCACAAAAAAUCAAGCUGUUGUGUUUGAUACAGUAGUGAUGGCCAAUCUUGGAUAUUUCCAAUUAAAAGCAAACCCAGGUGCUUGGAUACUGAAAUUACGUCGAGGAAAAUCUGAAGAUAUUUAUCAAAUAGUUGGGCAUGAAGGAACUGACUCUCAAAAAGAUGUAGGAAAUGUCAUUGUUGUAUUGAACAGCUUCAAAAGCAAGAUUCUGGAAGUGCAGGUACAAAAAACCCCAGGCAAAAUUGAGGAAGACAUCCUUACUGAUAAAGAUGACAAAAAGAAAGGAAUGUGGGAUUCCUUGAAAAGUUUCACAAUAAGGUUGCAUAAAGAAGACAAAAGGGAAACAGAUGUUAUCAACAUUUUUUCAGUUGCUUCUGGCCACUUGUAUGAACGCUUUUUAAGAAUUAUGAUGCUUUCUGUUUUACGUCACACUAAAACACCAGUGAAAUUCUGGUUUCUAAAAAAUUAUCUCUCACCAACAUUUAAAGAAGUAAUUCCUCACAUGGCUAAGGAAUAUGGAUUCCAAUAUGAGCUAGUCCAAUAUAAGUGGCCCCGUUGGCUUCAUCAACAAACUGAAAAGCAGAGGAUUAUUUGGGGUUACAAAAUUCUUUUCCUUGAUGUCCUUUUUCCUCUAGCUGUGAACAAAAUCAUUUUUGUUGAUGCCGACCAGGUUGUGAGACAUGACCUCAAAGAGCUUCGAGACUUAGACCUGGGCGGAGCGCCUUAUGGGUACACUCCAUUCUGUGACAGCCGCACCGAAAUGGAUGGGUAUCGUUUCUGGAAAACAGGAUACUGGGCGACACAUCUUCUAAGAAGGAAGUAUCAUAUUAGUGCCUUGUACGUAGUGGAUCUUAAGAAGUUCAGGAAAAUCGCAGCAGGUGACAGGCUCAGGGGUCAGUACCAAGCUCUCAGUCAAGAUCCAAACAGCCUUUCAAAUCUGGAUCAGGAUCUGCCCAAUAAUAUGAUUUACCAAGUAGCCAUUAAGUCUCUUCCCCAAGACUGGCUGUGGUGUGAAACGUGGUGUGACGACGAAUCUAAACAAAGAGCCAAAACGAUUGAUCUGUGCAAUAACCCCAAAACAAAGGAACCCAAACUAAAAGCUGCUGCCAGAAUUAUCCCAGAAUGGGUGGAGUAUGAUGCUGAGAUACGACAACUGUUAGAACACAUCAAAACCAAGAAGAGCAACUCAAGAUUCUUCUAUAGGACCUUUGAUAGCCAUGCUCAGUACUGGAGCUGGACACCAUCCAGUUCUUCUGGUCUCAUGGUGGAGGAGAUAGUUGUUCGUGGAGUUUUGAUACAUGAUGAGCUCUAG